AAAGCAGCUGUUGUGAUGCCCGUUGGAGUUUUUGAAUACUAACAGAGCAGAUUGUGCUGAUUCCAUCCAUCUCGUUUUUUCCUGUUGAGUUAAUAAUUGCAUUUUGAAGCCAGUAUGCAUGAAUGGGUCCGAGUGACUGCUUUGGCUGAUUUCAGCUUUAAAAAAAAAAAAAAAUUGUUCAUUAAGGUGGAGUGAGAUUUGUUUCUUCUGUGCCUGUAUUAUCGUUGCUGUGGGUUUGAUGUGUGUUAAUUUAGUGUUUCGUUUGGAGAACACUUGGCUACUCGCCAAUAAUUAAUACUAAUUCUUCCUUUUGUGUACUCUGAAGCUGUGUAGCUUUGUCCUUGGAGGGCUGGGGGGGGAUCAUGGCCUUAACUACGCCUAAUGUCAGUAAUAUUUGCAAAAUUGAGUGCACCUAUGUUUUACCCAUUAAAACCAAUUGCAACUGUUCCUCAAGUUUUAAAAAAGCGUUGGUGCCAUGUUGCUUAAUCCAAGCGUGCUUUCCAGCCUCAAGGAGGAGCGUGCAGGACAGCAGGAGACGGCCCUGGUUCUUCAGGUGGUUCGCAGGUGGUUUAGGCAGCUGGUUUGGGCUGAUUUGAUGUCUCUGAGCAUAGCUUUGUUAAAAAGAGCUGCAAAAUCGUCAUCUAAUUUGAUUUCUUGUCCUGAGUUUUAUAUUUGUCUGGAACAAUACUAUUUUUUUCCACUGUGCAAUCUUCUCCACAGCAACUCUCUUUUCUUGCAGAGGAGGGGAAAAACUAGAACACAGUAUUAACUUCAGAAAUGAAGGUUGUUACUUGUGGGCUUUUUUUUGUCUCUUCCAAAGAAUAUUGAAGAAGUAAAGCUCAAUGGCACGCUCAAACUCUUGUGGGGCUGGAACUGGCCUGAGCUGGGUUUCUGUUCUUGCCCAUUCUUUUGUCAGAUCUGAGUUCCUUUCUCUCCCAGGCAGACAAGGACACCAAAUGAGCAAGGCUGGCCUGCCGGGGAAAUAAGAUACGGAACAAGUCCUAUUAGAAAUCUGGAGGAUAGUUUAUUCUGAUGAUAGCUCCUGUGUAGCAAGUAACCGGAGUGUUUGAGUUCCUACAUAAACAAAGAUUGUUAUGUUGCCAAACUGAGGAAUUGCAAAGUUUUUUGUGGAAGGGGAGAGUUACAUCUAUUGAAGCUUUUUGACGUCGUAUUUUGCAGUGUUAAAGGCAUCUGAAGGCAGAUACGGUGAAAGUGAAAUUAAUUUCAUCAUUGUAACUCUUGUAUAGAAAGAAAAGAUUAGACAGUGCUCUCUCUAAAACUUCCUCAUGGAAAAUUAUGUGACGUCCAAAAUGUUAAAAAUGAUGGGGAAAACUGCCUGGUGCAGUGCCUGCUUCCAGGGGCACAGAGAGCAAGCUGCAGCCAUGCUGCGUAUCUGUGUGCAGGUGCACGCUGUGCUACUUGGCUCGUCCUUUGACCACCAGGUCUGUUAAUGUUUGAAUAAUGUGAAGAAAGGGAGAUUUCAGCAGAGCUGAGCAUCUGGAAUGUUUCCAUGCUGAAGUUCGCUCCUUCUUGCCCUGCCUGCCCGGCCUGCGUUGGCUUCGCUUUGCAUCCCAUAAUGCUCGUUCUGCUGCCGACAGAUGGAUCUUUACAAAAUCUGUGAGUUUCUCUGAAGAAACUUGCUCGCGUGUGUGUAGCAUUGCAGGAAAGUUCAUUGAAGUUAGAUAGCACAAAGCUAUUAAUAGAGCUGGCUGUAACCUAUUAAAAGAUCUUCUAUUAAUACUCGCAGUGAUUACUGCGUAUUCAUAACGGUAGCGGUUCUGCUUUAAUCUUGCAGCUCAAAUCAGAAAAGCACUGAACUGCAAUAACGAAAUAACCCUUGUCCUCCUCAAGCUGCCGGUCAGACUGGUGAAUCUCACUCGCUGUCAACGUGUCGUUUCCUUCCCGCUCCUCAGGCCGCUCUCUCCUUGUAGCCCCUCACCUGGGAUGCCGUUUUUGUACCUCUCAGCCACUUUGAGCACUUAACACAAUAAGAUUUGGGUUUAAUUGUUGUGCCCCUGCGUUACGUCACAUACAUCUUUUUGUAAAAGUACAUUGGUAGAAGAGUGUAUGUAUUUUUUUACAUGCAUUCUGGUACUGAUUGAAGCAAUGACUAAAACUCAGGGUAGUGUCCUUCAUCAGUUAAUGUAAGUGAUACUCUCUUCACAAAGCGUAUGAGCACUCGCAUACUGUUUAUAUGCACAUGAAGUCUGUUUAGCUCUAGGUCUCCUAGGUGCACAGCAUUCUUCUAUCACAAUCUUAAGUAGUCAAGAACCUUACUGCUCACUUCUUUCCAAAGGGUCCUUAUAAAAUAAAUGACAUUUCACGUCCUCUAGACAAAAAGAGUAUGUGUGCUAAAACUGGCAGGCGUCAUUUUCAUUCCACUUGCCAACUUAUAACUUGGGAUUAACCCACUGGAGUCUAGGGCAUUCUUCUUUAGAAGCUCAUGUGAAGGAGGCACCGAGGCAACAGCUAGGAAGCUGCGGAUAGAUGCAAGGCUGGUGAGGGCAGCAGGUGUGCCAGCAGCCAAGGGAGCUGGCUGUCAGGAGGAGGGAACCCAUCUGCACUGUUACAGGUUAUGUAGGAGCAUAGGCUACUUGCACCCUGCCUUUAUUCAAGUUAUUCCUCAGAUGCUUUGGAUUUUGAGAUUGAACACAAAAUAGAUCCAGUGUUUGAUUCACCAAGAAUGUCACGGCGUAGUUUACGGUUAGCUGCUGCAGGAUUUAAUAAACCAGACAGUGCCCGAAAUGACAUCCUUCAGGACAGCUCUUACACCGGCAACGUGACUUACAGGGAACAGUCUUCUAAGACGAUGAGGCAGCGCAAGAACAUAAACAAACAGUCUGGCGGUGUGAGAGACAUGUCAAGGAAAAAUCUAUCCAGCUCUCCCAUUUUUAACCAAAGCAGUUUCCUGAGCCGUGGCAGCGAUGCAUCGAUGGUAUCCACUGUAUUGGAUGAGUCGUCGAUUCGAGAGCAGACGGAAGUUGAUCAUUUCUGGGGUCUUGAUGAUGAUGGUGACCCUAAAGGUAGUGAUACCACGCUCUUGCAGAGAAAUGGAGAUAUAGCAACAGCAGAAACGCAGACUACCAUGAUAAAUGGGUACACCUGCAGUGACUGCAGCAUGCUUUCUGAACGGAAGGAGGUUCUUACAGCCUACUCUGCUUCUUCUGUGCCAUCUUCCAGAAUUUACUCGAGGGACAGGAGCCAGAAACAUGCAUCUAGAGGCACCUAUUUCUACAUGAGUAAGAUCCUGCGAUUGGUCAAACAUACUGCAGCAUCUCUUGCAUCCCUAUUAGUGCAACUAUUUCAAAUGGUUUUGCUGAAGCAGAGUUAUGAAUCCAAAGCUCACUCAGAUUACUGUGGAAGCGUGAAUAUAAAGGAGUUUUACAGAGAGGAUAGCCAUCUUGGUGUAAAUGAGGAAUCCAUCUGUGAUGACUGUAAGGGGAAGAAACAACUUGAAAUACACACCACAGAGCACAUGCAAUCCUCAAGGGCUAAAAGGGUAGCAAGGACCAUUUCGCACAUCUUUUCUUAUGCAGGUUACUUUGUGCUUCACAUGUUGCGAGCAGUGGGAGCGGCUGGAUGGCUGGUGUCCCAGAAGGUGCUGUCUCUACUUUGGCUGGCCCUUCUUUCUCCAGGGAGGGCAGCUUCUGGCAUCUUCAGGUUGCUUCGAGCUGGCUGGAGUCAACUUCUUACUCUGAUGUCUCUUCUCAAGGUGUUUAUUCUUAGGAAAUGCCUUCCAAACGUUUCCAAGCUAUUGCUGUUUCUCAUCCCACUGCUGUUUCUACUAGGUUUAUGGUUCUGGGGGUUUGAUGGCUUCAUUGCACUGUUGCCUGUGGUGAACCGGACAAGAAUUGAUAAAGUACAGAGCACAGAUGACUCUGCUUACGUUCUUGAUCCACAACCUCAUUCUUCUCAUUCUGUUCAGCCUCCAAAGGAUACCGUAAAUAUAUUUUAUUCUGAUCGUAUAAGUGAGCUGGAAAAGCAGAUGGCCUUCGUGUCGGACAGAUGCCAUCACCAUGAUGAAGAAUAUAGCAAAGUGAUGCUUCUGCUCCAUAAUCUUCAAGAUCAGGUUGCCCAGAUGGGUGACAGAAAUGAAAUACUGAAGCUAAUAAAAAAUGUGAUGGAUCAACACCUUAAAGAUAAGAGACCAGAAGAAAAGACUGACUUCCUGGCUUUACAUCAAGAGCACAACAUGCGCAUCGUCACGUUGGAAGAUCUUCUUAGAAAACUCUCUGCUGAAUCUAAGGACAUUCAGAAGGAGCUUGAAAUAGCCAAAGCAAAAACAAUAAGAGAUGGUGAUGAACAUAAUCAACUGUUAUCCAGAGUUAAAAAGCUGGAAGUAGAGUUGUCUCAGGUGAAAUCAGAGCUGUUAUCUGGAGAAGGUGUGAAGAAGAGUUGUGAGAAAAUAGAUGUCAUUCAUGAAAAAGUAGAUGCCCAGGUUAAAGAAUCUGUCAAGAUGAUGGUUUUUGGUGAUCAACACAAGGACUUUCCUGAAUCGCUUCUCCAAUGGCUUACAUCCAAUUUUGUGACCAAAAGUGAUCUGCAAACUUUGCUGCAGGACCUGGAGUUGCAAAUUCUCAAGAAUAUUACUCUACAGAUGGCUGUAACAAACCAAAGAAUAACAUCUGAAGUAGUAACAAAUGCUGUGAAUAACGCAGGGAUUUCCGGAAUCACAGAAGCACAAGCACAGAUCAUUGUAAACAAUGCACUGAAGCUGUACUCUCAAGACAAGACUGGUAUGGUGGAUUUCGCCUUAGAAUCUGGAGGUGGCAGCAUUUUGAGUACUCGCUGUUCUGAAACCUAUGAGACAAAAACAGCAUUAAUCAGCCUCUUUGGAAUUCCUCUGUGGUACUUCUCUCAGUCUCCCAGGGUGGUUAUUCAGCCGGACAUGUAUCCAGGAAACUGCUGGGCUUUCAAGGGAUCGGAGGGGUAUCUUGUAGUUAGACUUUCCAUGAAGAUCUAUCCAACUGCCUUCUCAUUGGAACACAUACCAAAAACACUUUCUCCAUCAGGAAAUAUCACCAGCGCUCCUAGGAAGUUUUCAGUAUAUGGCUUAGAUGAUGAAUAUCAAGAAGAAGGCACGUUUCUAGGACAGUAUGUCUAUGACCAAGACGGAGAGCCGCUGCAGAUGUUUACAGUGGAGAAAAGUGAAAACGUAUUCCAAAUAGUGGAACUGAGAAUCCUUUCUAAUUGGGGCCAUGCAGAAUAUACCUGUCUUUAUCGGUUCAGAGUGCAUGGGAAACCUGCUGAAUAAUCCCCUACACUACAGCUUGGGUUGCUUUGUUGUACAUUUUCUUUCCAAUCUGUAUAUACCGGAAAGCCUAGAACACUGGAAUCUUUAAAGGACGAGGAUGCAAGCUAUAUACUACAGAGUUACCAAUCCUCUGAUAAGGGCAGAAGACUGUCAGCAGAACUGUAUAAAAUAAAAUUCAUUUGCUCUAAUGCUCAGCUUGUAAUUGCCGGUUAGCUUUAUAUUUUUGUGUCCAUGCUGAGAGAAAUAAUGCAUGCAAACUGCUCUGGUUCAUAAAGCCCAGUUAGCAAUCAGGUGAUACCUAUUUUAUUACAAAUGAAUGUAUAAGUGUUUUUUUGUUUGUUUGUUUUAAAGAAUAAACCACACUUUCUGCAACUAGGAUUUUUUUUUUUUAAUUCAGGACUCAACUGCAUAUUUCUGUUAGCUUAGCACUGCAAGCCAAAUAAUGUAGUGGAGUUUAAACAGACUGUGGCUACAGGUGUGUCCUUCAGUUGACUUUGCUUUGACCUGCUGGGGGAUCCUAAAGGGCUUCUUCGAUAAAUGUUGACUGUAAUAACUAUUGCUGUCAGGGAAAGUUAACACAACCAAAACUAAUUUCAACACCAGCGACUGAGAAUGCUUUACUGUAACUUGUGGCCAUGAGUUGCUUUAAAAUUCAGGGAUAACUUCAAGUUAUUUUAAGGGUUUUUACCAUGGCAGCUUGAUUUGAUCGGCUUGUUUAAUUGCUGUAUACGAAUGUUUACUAAGCAGUUUAACAGUCUUAUCAGCUCUUAGGACAUCAAGGCUGAUUUGGAACCUAACCCUAGAGAAGAACGACCCUAAUUUCUCAAAAAUUCUCUCUUUGGGACAACAAUUCCUUACCGUGGUUCAUCUUACAGGCAGUAAAUGUCGUACUGCGAUGACGCAGUGUGGGGAAGAUGGGACGGGGAGGUCUCAUCAGUACGAAAUGACGAGAUCACAAGAUGUGAGCAAUGGGUUAGAUCAGCCCCUGGAAGCUCCCACGUGGCCUGUGCUGGGGCUGCUCCAGGGCCCCCUGCAGGGUCACUGCUUUUAAGGAUCCUCUUUGCAAAAGACUCGGGACGUGCGCUGGUGUGCGGAGUUUUUAUCUCACUGUUACAAUGCAUUGUAGAGUUACCUGUGAACUGCUCACACAUGGAACUGCUGACUGGUUUUCUGAAUGGAGUUAGGCGUGUUGCACAACAGUCCUCGAAUGUUUGAGAAGUCUCUGCGUGCGGAACUCUUCCCUUGAGCCGGAGCCCAUGGCCUAUGCAGAGGAGCUGGGUUAUACGUGUACAGGUGUUUUCAUAUGUUACAUAUUUAAAAUUAGAAUUAUCCUGUAUAAAUUGAAAUUGGGUAGCGGGGGUGGGAGUAUUUUGAAUAACACUAACUUAUUUUUAAAAAAAGCAAGAUAGGACUUUGUGCAAUGUAUUUUUGUAAAUGCUUUUCAAAUCGUCUGUUCUUCGCUGCCUCCAAACUGACAAGAUGCUAUUGAAAUGUUUAAAUAAAGAGUUUUAAUUUUUUGAAA